UCUGAUCAUAACAUAUUUCAGCUGAUUUCAUUCAUUCAUUGAUUACAGUAAACUUAAAACAACAAACAUAACGAAACAUUAGCAGAUUUAUAUCGUUCGAAAAAGCUAAAUCAUUAUCAUUAAUAAUCAAUCAAUUAAUUUGAUAAUCAAAACAAGAUACGAAGGACAUCGAUUUUAUUUCAAAUUUAUUGCAAUCACAUUUGAUUGGGUUUAUUUUUGUUUUGAUUAUCAUGUAGCUGCCUUACCUAUGUUGUUCUUUAUAGCUUUCUGCAUAAAAUUCUAGAAUCGAAAAGAAUAGGCAAAAUGAAUCUGAAUUUUUGGUUGCUUUCAAGCUCCAUUUGUUUAUUUAUAAAAUUAACUUCAGCUCAUCUGGAUCAGCGAUGCAAUUUCAGUAUGUGCUUGAAUUCUAUCUUUGGGCCGAUCCAACAUGCAUACUGUGAUAGUAAUAAUCGUUGCCGUUGCAAAGAUGGUUAUGUACCUGUCAGCCAUCAUCGAUGUGCUGAAGCGCAAUAUCCGGGUAAUCGAUGCGAAAAUGAUAAUGUUUGUAGGUCCAAAGAUGAAAAUUCGUUUUGCGAUUCAAAUCGAAGGGAUCCGAUUUGUGAAUGUAAAAAAAGUUAUAUCUUUGAUCCCGAACAGAAAAAGUGCAUUCUUUGUAAGUACUCAAGAUCAACACCAUUAUUUCCGAUGACAGCAAUUGUACUCAUUGCAUGCAUAGGUAUAUUCUGUGGCUGUGGGAUUAUCUGUCAUAAUUUUCGUCGUCAACCCGAGCUAUCAGUCAGCAUUGAUCAUAUUGAACGAUAUGCAUCCGGACGUCGACAAGCAUCUAAUCAUCAUCAUGGUGAUCUUCAUCAUUCAAAUCUAGCGAGCAGUUCACGAACGAAUAAUAAUUCUCGUAAUAAUUCAUCAGAUCCUGAUAUGCCUCUCACAAAUCCGCCGCUAUUGCAACCAGAUAGUCAUUCAAUAUCAUCAAAAUAUGAUUCACUCAUGUACGAUGAUCCGCCUCCUCCAUACGAAGAUGCUAUUAACGAAUAUCACGAUUCGGUUGUCAUUGAAUCACCGCUGCAAUCAUCAUCUUCAACUAAUAAUAAUAAUACUUUUGUAGAUCAACAACAAGUACAACAAACGACGAUAGGAUUCUGUACGGUAGAGGCUUCCAAGUCAUGAUGUAAACAAAAAUCAUCGAUAAAAAAUAAUAGUUCAUAUCUACUUUUAGUCAAACUAUAAGAAACUGCGACAUCCAGAUAAAUCAACUUUCCAAAAAAUUUAAUAACAUAUCCUUACACUUGUAUGGGAAACCCUUAUAUUAUUCACAGGCAAUUUUUUCUUUACUCCUUUUUUUGCUACUCAUUCCAUUUUCCCCUCUCUGGUCUGGGUAUUUAUUUCAUUCUAUAUUCUGUAUAAUAUCUGUGUUUGAGAA